CAGAGAUGCAGCUGCUUCUGACCCUGGCAGGGCUCCUAGCCCCACUCCUCCUCGCCCAGCCCUGUGAGGGCACUGACCAAGCCUCCCCCAGGACGGUGGAGACCUCAGUCGUUCAGGGCUGCCUCGCUGAGGCCAAGUGGCUGGUGGAUGCUGCCUACAAUCGGACUCAGAAGAGCAUCAGGCAGCGGCUCCGCAGUGGCUCGGCCAGCCCCAUGGAUCUCCUGUCCUACUUCAAGCAGCCAGUGGCGGCCACCAGGACAGCCGUGAGGGCUGCUGACUAUCUGCAUGUGACUCUGGGGCUGUUGGAAGAGAAGUUGUGGCACCAGGACUCCAGAUCCUUCAAUGUCACUGAUGUGUUAACGGAACCCCAGCUGCGCCUGCUGUCCCAGGCCAGUGGCUGCAGCACUCAGGAGCAGGCAGAGAAAUGCAGCAAUAAAUAUCGCACCAUCACUGGCCGAUGCAACAAUAAGAAGAAACCCUGGCUGGGGGCCUCCAACCAGGCCCUGGCACGCUGGCUGCCAGCUGAGUAUGAGGACGGGCGAUCGCUCCCCUUUGGCUGGACCCCCUACAAGAAGCGCAACGGCUUCCUCCUCCCCCUCGUCCGGGCUGUCUCCAACCAGAUCGUACGCUUCCCCAGCAACCGGCUGGCCUCAGACCGGGGCCGAGCUCUCAUGUUCAUGCAGUGGGGCCAGUUCAUCGACCAUGACCUGGACUUCUCACCCGAGUCCCCAGCCCGGGUGGCCUUCACUGCCGGUGUGGACUGUGAGAAGACCUGUGCCCAGCUGCCCCCCUGCUUCCCCAUCAAGAUCCCACCCAACGACCCUCGCAUCAAGAACCAGCGCGACUGCAUCCCUUUCUUCCGCUCGGCACCCGCCUGCCCCGGGAACCAGGGCAAAGUGCGCAACCAGCUGAACGCACUCACCUCCUUCGUGGACGCCAGCAUGGUGUACGGCAGUGAGGAGCCCCUGGCGCUGCGGCUCCGCAACCAGACCAACCAGCUGGGGCUGCUGGCCGUCAACCAGCGCUUCAGCGACCACGGCCGGGCCCUGCUGCCCUUCGACAACCUGCACGACGACCCCUGCCUCCUCACCAACCGCUCGGCGCGCAUCCCCUGCUUCCUGGCAGGUGAUUCCCGGUCCACCGAAACCCCCAAACUGGCAGCCAUGCACACCCUCUUUGUGCGUGAGCACAACCGGCUGGCGACUGAGCUGAGACGAUUGAAUCCCCGAUGGAGUGGAAACCGGCUAUAUCAGGAGGCACGCAAGAUCGUGGGGGCCAUGGUCCAGAUCAUCACCUAUCGAGACUUUCUGCCUCUGGUCCUGGGCAAGGCCCGGGCCAAGAGAAGCUUGGGACGUUACAGAGGGUAUUACUCCAAAGUGGACCCGCGCGUGUCCAAUGUCUUCACCCUGGCCUUCCGCUUCGGCCACACCAUGCUGCAGCCCUUCAUGUUCCGUCUGGACAGCCGAUACCAGGCCUCAACCAGAAACUCCCACGUCCCUCUGAGCUCUGCCUUCUUUGCUAGUUGGAGGAUUGUGUACGAAGGUGGCAUCGAUCCCAUCCUGCGCGGCCUCAUGGCCACCCCUGCUAAGCUGAACCGGCAGGAUGCCAUGAUGGUGGAUGAACUCCGGGACCGGCUGUUUCGGCAAGUGAGGCGGAUCGGGCUGGACCUGGCGGCUCUCAACAUGCAGCGCAGCCGGGACCAUGGCCUCCCAGGUUACAAUGCUUGGAGGCGCUUCUGUGGGCUCUCCCAGCCCCAGAAUUUGGCCCAGCUUAGCAGGGUGCUGAAAAACCAGGAGUUAGCCAGGAAGUUCCUGAACCUGUACGGGACACCUGCCAAUAUCGACAUCUGGAUCGGGGCCAUCGCAGAGCCUCUGCUGCCGGGGGCUCGAGUGGGGCCUCUCCUGGCCUGUCUUUUUGAGCACCAGUUCAGAAGAGCCCGUGAUGGAGACAGGUUCUGGUGGCAGAAGCGAGGGGUUUUCACCAAGAGACAGCGCAGGGCCCUGAAGCGGAUUUCCUUGUCUCGAAUUAUAUGUGACAAUACCGGUAUCACCACCGUUUCCCGGGACAUCUUCAAGGCCAACAUCUACCCCCGGGGCUUUGUGAGCUGCAGCCGUAUUCCCAAGUUGAAUCUGUCUGCCUGGCGAAGCAAGUGAAGUUUCUGCAGG